AUGAAGGUGGCGCACGAUAACAUACAGUUCACUAACGUGCGCCCUACUGCAUGCCAAAUGCAGAUAGAUAUUGCUUGCCGCGCCGACAUCGUACAAUGUGUCCAUGUCACCAAGUUUGGGGUAUUUGGGAGCAAGUGGGUGAAGAAGCUAUUCUACAAGAUUCCCAUCGCAGUUGUCUCGAUCGGUGUUAAGUAUGAUACGUUUGUGCUAGCGGCUGAUGAAGAUAUUAGGGUUCUGUUUCGUUGUGUUAGGAGUUUUCCGGAGGUCAGAAUACACGAGCUGUAUGCGAAGUUGGAGGUUGGUGUCGAUAGUUCUGGAGCAUCAGCUCCAGUUCAUAGCUCGACUGGCGCAGGCGAUGCGUCUAGUUCGAUGCCUACGGCCGGACCAUCUGUUCCGCAGGUCGCAUCCCCUUCCUUCGCGGCUGAUUUAGAUCGAACGAAGGCAGUUGGUUCUGUACCGUUGAAGAAUCCUGGGGUCUGGCAGCAGGCAUUUGAGGCGGAUACCGGUGGUGGCAUGAUUCAUGAUGUUCAAGGUUUUGGGAAACCUGAUCGAGUAAAGAAUGCAAUGCGGGAUGAUGACUCUGACCAGGAGCCUGUAGAUAUCAUUGGGGACAGCGAUGAUGACACAGGUGCCAAUCCACAUGCACAGCACGCGGACGGAGGUGCUACAAUUGGGGGUUCUUCUACAAAUUUUCAGAUUGGGCAAUCAUUCCAGAAUAAAGAUGAAGUUGUUAUGAGUGUGAAGGACUAUAGUAUCCAUCGAGGUGUUGAGUACAGAGUCUUGGAAUCGGAUCAUCUGAAGUAUCAUGAAAAAUGCAAGGAGUUCGGUAAAGGUUGUAGUUGGUUGAUUCGCAUAUCGCUUCGUGCACGAAAGGGCACUUGGGAGGUUAGGAGGACGAAUGCUGCGGUUACGGUAAAGGUCUUGCAACAAGCAACAGAAGCGGAUAAUGGGUUCAGGCCUAGUUACAGGAAGGUUUGGAUGGCAAAACAGAAGGCAGUAGCACAAAUAUAUGGAGAUUGGGAAGAGUCGUAUGCCGAGUUGCCACGUUGGAUGCUAGGGGUACAGUUGACCAUGGCUGGGACAUUCACUGUGUUGAAGACUUCUCCUGUUCGACUUGGGGAUCAGGUCGAUGAGUAA